UUUUCCCUUUGCAGGAACCUUCUUUAUGUUUAUCCGCGGUCCCUUAACUUGAACAGCCGCCAGGGGUCUGUGCGGAAUAUUGCAGUGAAGGUCCAGUUCAUGGCUGGAGAGGACCCCAACCAAGCUUUGCCGGUGAUAUUUGGGAAGUCGAGUUGCAGUGAGUACUACACUGAGGCGUACACUGCUGUGGUGUAUCAUAAUAAAUCUCCGGAGUUCUAUGAAGAAUUUAAAAUGAAAAUUCCUGGAAACAUGACCGAAAACCAUCAUCUUCUCUUCACUUUUUACCAUGUGAGCUGCCGGCAGAACCAGACUUCCUCCUUGGAGACUCCUGCUGGCUAUACGUGGAUCCCACUAUUGCAACAUGGGAGACUUCGUACCGGAGCCUUCUCCCUCCCGGUGUCUGUGGAAAAGCCUCCACCCAGCUACUCAGUGCUGACCCCUGACGUCCAGCUCCCGGGGAUGAAGUGGGUGGACAAUCAUAAACCUGUUUUCAUGGUGGAUUUGGUGGCCACUUCCUCGGUGCACACACAGGACCCCCACUUGGACAAGUUCUUCACUCUGGUUCAGGUCUUGGAGGAGCAGAGCUUCCCAUUCCGCCUGAAGGACGUCAUCAUUUCAGAAAGUAAUGUGGAAUCCGAGCUGAAGAGCAGCAUGGGGAACGUACGCAUGGCUGCUCUUGGACCAGCGGUUUGUUUCUGCCACCAGCUGCUGGACAAGUUGAUAUUGCUCAUUGUCCGACCCCCUGUUAUCGCAGGACAGAUUGUGAAUUUGGGUCGGGUAGCUUUUGAGGUGGUGGCUCUACUGGUAAGCCAGAUUCAUCGCACUCUGGAAUCCUCUAUGGACCAGCAUGGCAGGAAUGCUCUCCUGGCGUCUUAUCUCCACUAUGCCUUCCACCUGCCCAGCGACAUGCCGGCUCUGGCCAAUGCUUCAGCCUCAUCUGCUGUCCAUUCAGCAACCCUCUCCCGUGCCACCGGGCGACCAAGCAGCCUCAACCUGUCCCGCUGCCGCAGCAUUAGUAACAGUAACCCUGAUCUGACCAGCACUCCUGGGUCAGCGGAUGAUGAGGAGGUGCAGAAGAUCAUGGGAGGGAAGGGUAUUGAUCGCUCUCACUCUUGGGUGAAUUCUGCUUACUGUCCAGGCGGUCCGAAAUCUGUGCAGCGCCGGACCCAACCCAGCUCCAACACGGAGCUCAGACAGCUAUUGCAUGAAGAACUGGCCCUACAGUGGGUGGUGAGCGCCAGUCCAGUGCGAGAAGCGGCUCUGAGUCAAGCUUGGUUCUUCUUCCAGCUCAUGACAAAGAGCAUGUCUCUGCACCUCUAUAACUCCGAGCGACUAGACGCACCCAGAAAACAACGCUUCCCAGAAAGAUUUGUGGACGAUAUAUCCGCCCUGGUGUGCAACGUCUGUACGGAGAUCGCCAGCCGAUACCUCAAGGAUACCGAGCUGGCUGAACGUCUUAACAGCAGUCUUGCUUUCUUCCUCAAUGAUCUUUUGUCCCUAAUGGAUCGUGCCUUUGUGUUUGCUCUCAUACGCUCAUAUUAUAAGCAGAUAAACAAUAAAUUGUCAAAGGCCCAGAACCCGAAUGUGCUGAUCUCUCUGCGUAUGGAUUUUAUCCGCAUCGUGUGCUCACAUGAACACUAUGUCCCCUUAAACUUGCCCUGCAGCCGCCUGUCACCACCCAAUUCUCCCUCGCCCUCCAUCUCCUCCACCACAUCUCAGAGCUCCAUGCUUUCCAGCCCAGCCCAGGACAAGACCAUCACUAAUAUGUUUGAGCUGUCAGUACCAUUCAGACAGCAGCACUUCCUAUCUGGCCUGAUCCUGACUGAGCUUUCCCUGAUACUGGAGCCCGACGUGGAAGGAGUGUUUUUCCUGCAGAAGAAAGCCAUCAGCACCCUGCACAACCUCCUCUGCAGCCACGACAUGGACCCGCGCUACUCCGAGCCGGAGGUCAAACAGAGCAUUUCCCGACUUUAUCUCCCUCUGAUUGGCAUCGUCAUGGAAACUCUCCCCCAUCUGUAUGACUUCACGGAGCCACAUGCCCAGAGGGUGCGUCAUGCCUCUACUAUGGCAGAUGAAGUGGACGCAGACAGCGGCACCAUCAGUCAGACCGUCGCCAUGGCAAUUGCCGGGUCUCCAUUACCGACUGCACAGAAGACGACAAGUUUCCCUCUCCCGCCAGCUUCUAUGCGUACCAGUGGUGUGCUCUCUGCGGAAUCGAGCCGAAAUCUCUUGGUAUGUGCGCUGUGGGUGCUGAAGAACGCCGAGCAAGAUUGCCUUCAGCGCUGGUUUUCCAGCCUGUCUGUAGUCCAACUGACCCGUCUCCUGGAACUGCUGAGUGUGUGUGUGUCCAGCUUCCAGUACAAGGGCAAAAAGGCAUUUGAGCGUAUCAACAGCCUGACGUUUAAGAAAUCCCUCGAUAUGAAGGCUCGGCUGGAGGAGGCCAUUCUCGGCACUAUUGGUGCCCGUCAGGAUAUGGUGAAACGUAGUAGAGAGCGCAGUCCAUACGGGAAUCAAGAGAAUGUACGGUGGAGGAAGAACGUCACCCAGUGGAGGCCAAAUAGUGAGAAGAUGGAAAAGACACAGGCAGAGCGAGAACUUGAGAUCACAGUCGAUGGAAACAUGGCGACCGAGGCUAACUUGGUGGUACUGGACACACUGGAGAUCAUUGUCCAGACAGUCAUGUUGUCGGAGAUGAAGGAGAGCAUUCUGGGAGGUGUGCUGAAGGUUCUGUUACACAGCAUGGGUUGCAACCAGAGUGCCCUGUAUCUGCAACACUGCUUUACUAGCCAGAGGGCGCUAGUGUGCAAGUUCCCAGAGAUGCUAUUUGAAGACGACACCGAAAUGUGCUCAGAUCUCUGUCUCCGUCUCCUGCGGCAUUGCAGCAGCUGUAUCAGCAGUGUGCGGACACAUGCCAGCGCUUCCCUCUAUCUCCUUAUGAGACAAAACUUUGAGAUUGGAAAUAAUUUUGCCCGGGUGAAGAUGCAGGUCACCAUGUCCCUAUCCUCAUUGGUGGGGACCUCUCAGAAGUUCAGUGAGGAGUACCUACGACGAUCUUUGAAGACCAUCCUUACUUACUCCGAGGAGGACCUGGAUUUAAGAGACACCACAUUCCCAGAGCAAGUUAAGGAUCUGGUGUUCAAUCUACACAUGAUCCUAACAGACACUGUGAAAAUGAAGGAGCAUCAAGAGGACCCAGAGAUGUUGAUGGAUUUGAUGUACAGAAUUGCCAAGGGUUAUCAGAACUCUCCAGAUCUUCGUCUGACAUGGCUACAAAACAUGGCCGCCAAACAUAGCGAGCGUGGGAACCAUGCAGAAGCAGCGCAUUGCCUGGUACAUGGAGCGGCUCUGGUGUCGGAGUAUCUCAGCAUGCUGGAGGAUGCCAGGCACCUGCCAGUGGGGUGUGUCAGCUUCCAGAGCAUCUCCUCCAACAUUCUGGAAGAGUCCGCAGUGUCAGAUGAUGUUGUUUCCCCAGAUGAAGAAGGAAUUUGUUCUGGGAAGUAUUUCACCGAGGCCGGGCUUGUGGGUCUGCUUGAGCAAGCAUGUGCAAGCCUCUCUAUGGGUGGGCUGUUUGAGGCAGUGAAUGAAGUCUAUAAAGUUCUCAUUCCUAUUUAUGAAGCAAAUCGUGAUUACAAGAAGCUGGCGGUGGUCCAUGGAAAGUUACAGGAAGCGUUCAACAAGAUCACCAAUCAGCAUACAGGAAUGCAGAGAAUGUUUGGGACGUAUUUCCGUGUUGGAUUUUACGGUUCUAAAUUUGGAGACUUGGACGAGCAAGAAUUUGUUUACAAAGAGCCAUCCAUUACCAAACUGGCCGAGAUCUCCCACCGCCUAGAGGAGUUUUACACUGAGCGGUUUGGUGAAGGGACGGUUCAGGUCGUGAAGGAUUCAAACCCCGUGGACAAGACCAAAUUGGAUCCAAACAAGGCCUACAUCCAGAUCACCUAUGUGGAGCCAUAUUUCGACACUUAUGAGCUGAAGGAUCGCGUCACCUACUUUGAUAAAAAACUACAACCUACGGACGUUCCUGUUCUGUACUCCGUUCACCUUGGAUGGCCGGGCUCACGGUGAUCUCCAUGAACAGUACAAGCGCAAGACUGUUCUCACUACAUCACAUGCUUUUCCAUACAUCAAGACCCGGGUGAAUGUGGUACAUCGAGAUGAGGUGGUAUUAAUACCAGUUGAGGUUGCCAUUGAAGACAUGCAGAAGAAAACACAGGAGCUGGCAUUUGCUACCCAUCAGGACCCAGCGGAUGCCAAGAUGCUGCAGAUGGUGCUCCAGGGUUGUGUGGGGACAACAGUUAACCAGGGCCCUUUGGAGGUGGCUCAAGUGUUUCUGUCGGAGAUUCCUGAAGACCCCCGUCUGUACAGACUACAUAACAAAUUGAGACUCUGCUUCAGAGACUUCACCAAGAGGUGCGAAGAUGCUUUGAGGAAAAACAAAACUCUGAUUGGCCCAGACCAGAGGGAGUAUCACCGCGAGCUGGAGAGAAAUUACCAUCGCCUCAAAGAAGCUCUCAGCCCUUUAACAUCUCGUCGGAUCCCACAGCUGUACACAGAUCUGCUCCCGCACACCAGUGCAAGGGACUCCCUGACCCGCACAAGCCUACGGAGAGUUGAAGCUUGA